AUGGCACCUGCCUGGUGGCGAAAUAUGGGCACAAAGUUCGACAUAUCUUCCGUAUUUGCAGUUACUCUGGGAGCACGCUUUCCGCCAGAUGAGGGGCUGGUGAAAGGUAAGGACCUGCUUCUGAGAACAGAUGUGGGAGUGGCCCACAUCCUGGAUCCCAAUGUCGGCCUUGGCAUAAACUAUGCAAUCCUCGGCUGGCAUUGGGGCAUGGUCCUUGUCUUCCUGGUUGUGUACUUGGGGAUUAUGGCCCUGACUACGCCCAUGCACAGCAUCCCCUGGCUCACCUUGGUGCAAAAGCUCCUUGUCUUCUGGAAUAUGUGGGAAGCGCUUGGGUUCGGUGUUAUCUCUGGGCCAAUGCACGCCAAAGUGAACCCGCCUUUUCAGGAUUGGUGGUAUCGAUGGACAGUGGGCUCUAUGAAGUACAACGCUCCCUUCCUUCCAUGCCUUCCCAACCGCCGGAAUUACUUGGAUGUCUUUGUGGAGGGCAUCUUGAUGUACGCGCUGACAAUCCGAGUGCUUAUCUCCCCAGAAGUCACCCCUUCGCUGAUGUGGCCGCUCACCGGGUGCCUGAUUUACGAGUUCCUUUUCGACUAUGGGCAGCAUAUGCACACAUACGGAACACAAACGAUGUACUGCUUCUUCUGCAUGUGCUUCAGCGUGGAGCAGGGUCAAGUGGCUGGCCUGCAGCUCUUCAUGACCUGGCACG